CUACUCAACUCCGAAACCAAACGGGUACGUACGACCCGAUCCCGAGAUACUUGAACCCAUCACCAUUCCCAAUCCGUUAAUCUCUGCAGAGCCAAGAAAACUAUACAUUAGUUUUCGAAAUAUAAAAAAAUCAAAACAAAAAUGAAAAGUGCUUUAACAAAAAAAAAAAAAAAAAAAGAAAAGAAAAUGCCACAUGUGGCGGGUGUCAGAGUCCAAAUGUGCACCAUUUUCCACCUUAGCGCUUCCCCCUUGUCACCAAAUUUCCAAAACAACCACUCGAAACUUAUCUGAGUUCAAACUAUAACCCUACUUUUAUUGUUUCAUUUUGCCAAAACGUCCUCUCUCUUCUUUACUUGGAUAAUUUCACUCCUUUUCCCCUUUUCCACUAAUUCCACAAGUCCCCCAAUUUCUAGGGUUUCCUUCAUUCUCAAAUUCCCUUUCUCUUCCUCUCUGAAGCAAUUUCAAUGCCAAAGAACAAGCUAAUACUGAUCUGCCAGUGUGGGGGUGAAUUUGUGACAAGCGCUGAUGGAUGUUUAUCAUAUACUGGUGGAGAGGCACACGCUUUAGAUGUCAAUCAUGAAACUGUGUUUGAUGAUCUCAAGCUAAAGUUGGCUGAGAUGUGUAAUUUUGAAUAUAAAUCAUUGUCCAUCAAGUACUUUCUUCCUGGAAAUAGGCGGACCCUCAUUACUUUAGCUAAUGACAAAGACCUAAAGAGGAUGUAUGAUUUUCAUGUGGACUCGGUUACUGCAGAUAUCUUUGCAACUGGGAAAGAAGGUUUUAAUUAUGAGGAUGUACAUAUGCUUGCUAGCAGAUCAUCCGGCUUAAAACAGGCUGAGACUGUGCCUGCAAUUAUGGCUUCUCAAGAUGCUGCCAGUACUCCCCCAAUUGAUUGUGCCAGUACCCCCACAGUUGCUCGUGCCAGUAGUCGCUCAAUUACUCGUGCUGGUAAUCGAUCAAUUACUCGUGCGGGUAGUCGCUCAGUUGCUCGGGUCGGUACUGGCUCAGCUGCUCGUGGUGAUACUCGAUCGGCUGCUCGUGCCGGUACUCGCUCAGCUGCUCGUGCUGGUGAUGCAACUGUCCACAGCCCAGUUACAAAUGAUACGAGUGGUACCCCUGCUGAUACUGUUAAGAAGAGAAGGCGCACAGCAUCAUGGAAAAUUGGAGCCAAUGGUCCUACAAUUGUUUCUGACAUCGAAAUUGUGCAGGAGACGAGAGAAAGUACUAAGCGCAAGAAGGGUUCUCGGAAUUAUGAUACAUGGAAUCAUGAUUCUUGGAAUCAUGAUACUGGUAUUGUAAAUGUUGAUGUCAAGCAACUAAAGGAAUCUGAUGUUGUACCAUGGGUAGAGAUGGACAAUUCUCAUCAUUCAUCUACUGAUAUCAUCUAUGACGAUGUCAGCGCUCAAGAUGUUUCUUUGGAACAAAUGAUUGCCUCUUGGAAAGAUGGAAUUAUUGGUGUAGGCCAAGAAUUUAAAAGUGUAGCUGAAUUCAGGGAUGUGCUGCAGAAAUAUGCCAUUGCAAAUCGUUUCAUGUAUAAGCUAAAAAAGAACGAUACCAGCCGUGCAAGUGGUAUAUGUGCGGCUGAAGGCUGUUCUUGGUCAAUUCAUGCAUCAUGGGUUCCAUCUGCUGAAAUAUUUAGGAUAAAGAAGAUGAAUAAUGAACAUACAUGUGGAGGGGAAUCUUGGAAGGCUGCUCAUCCAACAAAGAGUUGGCUGGUCAGCAUUAUAAAGGGCAGGUUGAGGGAGAACCCACAUCACAAACCCAGGGACAUUGCUAAUGCAAUUAUGCAGGAUUUUGGGAUUGAACUGCACUACUCACAAGUGCGGCGAGGAAUUGAAGAAGCAAGGGAGCAACUUCAAGGUUCAUAUAAAGAGUCCUAUACCCAGUUGCCUUGGUUUUGUGACAAGAUGAUGGAGGCAAAUCCUGGUAGUUUUGUGAAGCUUGAGAUUGAUGAUAUCAGCAAAUUUCGACGUCUUUUUGUAUCCUUUCAUGCCUCUAUACACGGUUUCGAGAAUGGGUGCCGCCCACUUCUGUUUCUUGAUUCUACAUCAUUCAGAUCAAGAUACCACGAGGUUUUGUUGACAGCUACUGCAUUAGAUGGGAAUGAUGAUGCUUUUCCAUUUUCAUUUGCUAUUGUAGACAUUGAGAAUGAUGAUAAUUGGCAUUGGUUUUUGGAGCAGUUGAGAUCUGCAAUUUCAACUUCACAAUCCAUAACUUUUGUCUCUGAUAAUGAGAAGGGAUUAAUGAAAUCUGUGCUUGAAAUAUUUGAGAAUGCUCACCAUGGUUAUUCUAUAUACCACCUGCUGGAGAACUUCAGGAGAAAUUUAAAAGGGCCAUUCGAGGGAGAAGGGAAAGCUGCUUUGCCUGUAAGCUUAUUGCGUGCUGCACACGCAGUUCGACUUGAUGGUUUCAAGAUGUUCACUGAGCAAAUUAAACAGGUUUCUUCAAAAGCAUACGAUUGGCUUGUGCAGAUUGAGCCACAAUAUUGGACAAAUGCAUUAUUUAAGGGUGAGCAUUAUACUCAUGUUCCAGUAAAUAUUGCAGAGAUAUAUGCUAAUUGGAUUGAAGAAGUACGAGAGCUGCCUAUUGUACAAAAGGUAGAAGCACUCGGAUGCAAAAUGAUGGAGUUGAUUCACAAACGUCAAACGGAUUCAAAUGGGUGGACUACAAAGCUUACUCCAUCCAAGGAGCAAAAACUACAUGAUGAAGCUCUAAAAGCACUUGCUUUUAAAGUGUUAUUUUCAUCUGAUACCCUAUUUGAGGUUCAUGACGAUUCCAUUCAUGUUGUGGAUCUUGUAAAAAGGGACUGUACCUGUCUGCAGUGGAAAUUGACCGGGUUACCUUGCAGCCACACUGUUGCUGUCUUCAAUCGCAAAGGGAUUAGUGUGUAUGAUUAUUGUUCAAAGUACUUCACAGCUGAUAACUUCCGUUCAACUUAUUCUGAGUCCAUAAAUCCUGUUUUAGACACUUCCAAGCCAGUGGACGAAGAAGAAGACGCCUUGGGAGCAAGGCCUGUCCUUCCUCCUACUACUCCAAAGCCGCCACCCCAACCAAAGGAGAAACCAAUUAAAAGAAUCGAUGAACUGAGAAGGGUAAUGACUUGCAGCAAGUGCAAGGGAGAAGGGCACAAUAAGGCCACCUGCAAGGAACCCUUAUAGUUGUUGUGUCCUGGCAGUUAGAGCCAAGCUAAUUUCCUGACAAUCCUUAAUGAAUUAAUCAAGGGGAAAAGGUAGAAGUUUUCUAUGUCUGUAUUUCCUUGUCCAUGUUUAUUUAACAUUGUACAGCUUCUAUUUCUUUUAUGGAGGUUACUUAGUUUCUUGAUGAUAUACAAAUUUUAGGUGCUCUGCUUUGUGUAUCAUCAAUUGACAGUGGUUUAGGACAUUGCAUUGUGUAGUAAUGUUUCAUGUGCAAGAGUUUCUUCCAGUGUUGAAAUUUGUUAUUCUAAAUAAGCAGCUCAUUUUGCUGAA